GGAUGAUUAGCUUAUAGGUCAAUUGUAUUAACCGUUAUAGCUCUCUUCCUGUUGUUGAAGGCGCGGAGCCGAACAUCUAAAAAAUAGAGUUUGCCGCCAGACGCGCGGAACGCGCCUAUCCCACAUUUGAGCCAAUCCAUUCCCACUUCAACCUCGACUUUCCUUUUCAGCACAUCAACCCAUCAAUCUAAGCAUAUAACACCAAGGACCUCCCAUUUCCUUACCUAGCUAACAGUGGCCAAGAGCCGGUAGUAAACGGCUCUGAUAAACUUUGGGUUCUCAACGUCGUUGCCAAACCUUAGAUGCCAAACCUUAGAUGCCAAUCCAAAGCAUCAUUGGAAGCAUAUUCAAAAUUGACGUCAAUUUCGCAGUUCAGAAUGCCUCCCAGCAGUUUCUAUUUCGCACGGGAAGUCUCGUACUUCUCAGUGCCGUUUCUCUCUCUUUCUCUUCUACAACCCUUCAAACAUCCGCUACCCAGUUAACACUUACGCUCUCAAGAUCUAUCUAUAUUAUUACAAGUCUAUACUUGUUUCCCAAGUCUACAGAGCAACUCAAGCAAGCCCACCACUCUGAUUGACUCUCUUGAACUUUUAAGACCACUGCUGCACCAAAAGCACGCAUCAAAAAUCGAAUAUAGCUCCGCUCUCAAGCGUAUUACAUUACAGAGAUCUUCAAUAUCGCAAGGCCACCAUAUUUCCAACCUCCGUUGCGAAAAUGGCCCGAAUUUUAGAGAUCUCAAAAAAGGCCUAUGGCCGUUUCCAUUCCAUCUGCCGCUCCGCCAAAGCACGUAUCCGGCGUUCUGGAAACACCAAACCCGUUGCUCCGGAGCCUUCUCCGGAGCCAGCGGCCAUGCCUAGGCCUGCCGUCUCUCGCCCAAGCCCACCUCCAAGGCCCAUGACUCUCAGAGUUGGAAGCGCUACUGGUAGCUCUCAUUCAUCCAGCGGCCGAUCUUUCUUCUCUUCUCCAAGGCCUUUGGUUCCCGGAGUUGGAGGCACCCCUGGACCCAACACCCCAUCAUCCUCGCUGGACGAAAAUCCAUUUGACAAAAGUGACAUAGUCGGAGUAGCCCCAGUUGUGGGCUUCCGCAUGCCAUCCAGGAAAGCUCAACUGAUCAUGCAAGCUUACCGAUUCGGUCAAGAGCACGGAUGCCCCGUUAGCGACCUGAACUUCCAAGGCUGGCUUGCAUGCGUUAAGUUGAACACCACCGUCUACUUCCGAUCCAACGCCAGGAUCGUGGACGGCGAACUCAUCCUAAAACUGGAUGUUGCAAAGCGGGCCAUCAACCCUUCUUUCAAAGCCUACCUGCAAAUCGGGGUGCUGGACAACAUGAUCCCAGAACUGUAUAUGAAAUUCUCCAAAUUCUGCUUCGACCAGCAUGGAGCGGACUCGAACGUCUUCAUCCAAUAUCCCAACAGCGACGCUGAAGUGCGCGCAACCAUGAUUACAGACCCGCGAACAAAAGUGCGCGAUAUGCGUGUUACCUUGUGGUGCAAUCUGGGGGAAUGCGAAAGCCCUAUCGACCAGCGGCGCGAUAACAACGCUGGGUCUUAUCACGACCCUUCCUUAAUGGGCGGUUGCCGCAUCAUCAGCCCCGAGGAGUCGCUUUACUUGAAGCACUUUGACGAUAAGUUGCCUUCGAAAUUCGGAGACUACUUGUCAUCCGGGCGAAUGUUAGCGGGGUCAUUUGGGAACUGAAUUGCGACGCAUGGGGUGUGUCGUACGCAGCUUCCAAGCUCCCGGAUAUUUUCUUUUUAUUACUCCUUGCGUCCUGCUCUCCUCAAUUCAGAAUGCUAACAGUCAGAGGGGCAUGGAUGUUACAUGGUCAGAAUGAUUUUGUUUGCGUUAUCUUGCUACGGUGUUCGGUAAAUAGCAUCCAUCAUGUACUUCAAUUCUGUGUGAUCUUCACUCCCCUACCUCAAAUUGUCACCUUGGGGGAAUAUUUACACUAUUCUUUUGCAUGUAUAUAUAUGUUUCUCUUUCUGCAUUUUCGUCUUUCCAUCCAACCAAAAUUGCCAGACACACAUGUUUUUGUUAAAUGUUGAAUGUUCACAAAACUGCUCAGAGUUCAAAUUGUCAAUAUAUUUAUAUGUAUGAUGAUGGUUUCAAUUUUUGCCCUCAACCAUCAACCUUACUUAUUCUUAUGAUUUGAAAGAGGGGUACAAACACGCAUGUCCGUUGGGUUUUGAUGUGUACAUGUAUAUUAAUUACUACAAUUCAUGUUUUCUACCUGUUUAACAGAUCUAUACCAAAUACUAAGGGAAAAAGCAAGUAAGGUCUGCCGACGUUCCUGUCAUCAUUUCCACAUAAUCUAGGUACUCUUGAGGGGAUACAACAAAUGGAAACCUGGGAACGGCCAGUCAAAGCUAUCACCUCUACUCCGUAC